GACCGCCCGGCCAGCCGGCCAGCCAGCCUGCGGAGACUCCCGGGUCCCCGCGCCGGACUGGGACUGGGAGCAGGCAGCCCGGGCGGAGCGGGCCGGUGCCGAGGACGGCCCCGGGCAUUGCUCUGCCCCGGGCAUUGCGCGGCGCGCGUGAGAGGGAUGCGGCAGGAGGCGGCGCGGCAGGAGGAGUAGGCGGCGGUGCCCUCGGGAGGGAGCUGCGCGCGGGCCAGACGGCUCCCGGAGGCUCCGCAGUGCCGCCGCCGUCGCCCGGGAGGCUCCGCGCGGGAGCCAUGUAACCCUGCGGCGGGCUCCGGGCUGCUCCGUCCUUCCCCAGCUCCCGGGCUAGCGCGGCAGCGGGGCCACGAUGAAGAAGCAGUUCAAUCGCAUGCGCCAGCUGGCCAACCAGACGGUGGGCAGGGCUGAAAAGACGGAAGUUUUGAGUGAAGACCUUCUUCAGGUGGAGAAGCGUCUGGAGCUGGUGAAACAGGUGUCCCACAGCACGCACAAGAAGCUCACCGCAUGUCUGCAGGGCCAGCAAGGGGCAGAGGCUGACAAGCGCUCCAAAAAGUUGCCUUUGACAACACUGGCUCAGUGUCUGAUGGAGGGGUCAGCUAUCCUGGGAGAUGACACACUUCUUGGGAAGAUGCUGAAACUCUGUGGAGAGACGGAGGACAAGCUGGCUCAGGAGCUGAUACAUUUUGAGUUGCAAGUAGAGAGAGACGUGAUUGAGCCCCUGUUUUUGCUGGCGGAGGUGGAAAUCCCAAAUAUUCAAAAGCAGAGGAAACACUUAGCCAAGUUGGUGCUGGACAUGGAUUCCUCACGAACCAGGUGGCAGCAGACUUCCAAGUCUUCAGGUUUGUCCAGCAGCUUACAGCCUGCGGGUGCCAAGGCUGAUGCCCUCAGGGAAGAAAUGGAAGAGGCUGCCAACAGAGUGGAGAUUUGCAGGGACCAGCUCUCAGCUGAUAUGUACAGUUUUGUGGCCAAAGAAAUUGACUAUGCAAACUACUUUCAAACGCUAAUAGAAGUGCAAGCUGAAUACCACAGGAAGUCCCUGACACUAUUGCAGGCUGUAUUGCCUCAGAUCAAAGCACAACAGGAGGCCUGGGUAGAGAAGCCUUCCUUCGGGAAGCCGCUGGAGGAGCACCUCACCAUCAGCGGCCGGGAGAUCGCCUUCCCCAUCGAGGCGUGUGUGACCAUGCUGCUUGAGUGUGGGAUGCAGGAGGAGGGACUCUUCCGAGUAGCCCCCUCUGCCUCCAAACUGAAGAAGCUGAAAGCGGCCCUGGACUGCUGCGUGGUGGAUGUGCAGGAGUACUCGGCAGACCCCCACGCAAUUGCAGGAGCUUUGAAAUCUUACCUCCGAGAGUUGCCAGAACCUCUUAUGACCUUUGAACUCUAUGAUGAGUGGAUCCAGGCUUCCAAUAUUCAGGAGCAAGACAAGAAGCUUCAGGCUCUAUGGAAUGCUUGUGAAAAGUUGCCCAAGGCCAAUCACAACAACAUCCGAUACUUGAUCAAAUUUUUAUCCAAGCUGUCAGAAUAUCAAGAUGUAAACAAGAUGACUCCCAGUAAUAUGGCAAUUGUUUUAGGACCCAACCUCCUAUGGCCACAAGCAGAAGGGAACAUUACAGAGAUGAUGACCACAGUGUCGCUGCAAAUUGUUGGGAUCAUUGAACCUAUCAUCCAGCAUGCAGACUGGUUCUUCCCUGGGGAGAUAGAGUUCAACAUUACUGGCAAUUAUGGGAGUCCAGUACACGUGAACCAUAAUGCCAACUACAGCUCAAUGCCCUCCCCAGACAUGGACCCUGCUGACCGGCGCCAGCCCGAGCAGGCCCGCCGGCCCCUCAGCGUCGCCACGGAUAAUAUGAUGCUGGAGUUUUACAAAAAGGAUGGCCUUAGGAAAAUCCAAAGCAUGGGUGUGAGGGUCAUGGACACAAACUGGGUGGCUCGAAGAGGCUCCUCGGCCGGUCGGAAAGUGUCCUGCGCCCCGCCCUCCAUGCAGCCUCCCGCCCCGCCCGCCGAGCUGGCUGCGCCCCUGCCUUCGCCGCUGCCGGAGCAGCCCCUGGACAGCCCCGCGGCCCCCGCGCUCUCUCCAUCCGGCCUGGGCCUCCAGCCUGGGCCCGAGCGCACCAGCACAACAAAAAGCAAGGAACUUUCUCCAGGGUCUGCACAGAAAGGAAGUCCAGGCUCCAGCCAGGGCACAGCCUGUGCAGGGACUCAACCAGGGGCUCAACCGGGAGCUCAGCCGGGCGCCAGCCCCAGCCCCAGCCAGCCGCCUGCAGACCAGAGUCCUCACACCCUCCGGAAAGUUUCAAAGAAGCUGGCACCGAUUCCACCCAAGGUCCCCUUUGGCCAGCCGGGGGCUAUGGCAGACCAGUCCGCUGGCCAGCCGUCCCCAGUCAGCCUGUCCCCCACCCCGCCCAGCACCCCGUCACCCUAUGGACUGAGCUACCCUCAGGGGUACUCCUUGGCCUCGGGCCAGCUCUCCCCAGCUGCAGCUCCUCCCCUGGCCUCUCCUUCUGUCUUUACAAGCACUUUGAGCAAAUCGCGGCCCACUCCUAAGCCGCGACAGAGACCUACUCUGCCGCCUCCUCAGCCUCCCACAGUAAACCUCUCGGCCUCUAGUCCACAGUCCACGGAGCCCCCCAUGCUAGAUGGCAUGUCCCCUGGGGAAAGCAUGUCUACAGAUCUUGUCCACUUUGAUAUUCCCUCGAUCCACAUAGAGCUCGGGUCGACGCUCCGCCUGAGUCCCCUGGAGCACAUGCGGCGACACUCAGUAACUGACAAGAGGGACUCGGAGGAGGAGUCUGAGAGCACCGCCCUCUGACAUGGCACCGCCCAUCCUGCCUCGCGUGUACAUACAUCACGGGCCCUAGGAACGCCGCCAGGAGCAGCGUCCAUGAGCUUGCCAAGUGUUCUCUGCUGGCUCUUUCCCGCCACUGCCAACACGAGGUUGGAAUUUGGCAGAAAAAUUGUGAUCUCCAGUCCGUGUGGUGAUGCUGGUGGUGCAGGUUUUGUUUGUUCCUUUCGGGUGGUGACUUCGGCCUUUUGUUUGACCUUUGCCUUUUGACUUUGUGCCUCUUUUGAUCCACUUUCAGCCUCCAUGCCAAGCAACACCCACCUCUCCAUCCAAGGCUGGUCAGGAACGUCCUUUGCAGGGUCGGGGUGGUGCGGGAGAGGCUCACUUUGCCUGGUUAGACCCAAGGGCUGCUACCUUUUCCUUGGAUGGCUCAUGUCAGGUCUUGCAGGAUCAGUUUAAUGGCCACAGAAAGGAAGCAGGACAGCAGGGCCCCUCUCACCCACAACUGGACCAGGUCCGGGAUUCUAGCAAUCCUGGGGCACUGACCUUUGCCAGCUACUCGGGGGGAGGGCUUGCCACUGGAAAACCUUUCAGGCCGCCCCCAUCAGUGGGCUCCAAAGUAAAUGGCUGAAAACAAAAAUGUUUCACUUCCUAACAACAGUUUUCCUUUUUCCACUGUGUGACUGAAAGCUCCUAUAUCAUUUUAUAUUUCUGAAUCUAUAAAACAAACAAGCCUGACAGUGUCUGGAGGGGCCAAAGGUGGCCUCCAUGUCCCCAAAUAUAUUGGCUAUAUGAGAGUAAUUUUACCCCUCUAGGUACCUAAAGGCACCCAGUUCACUAGUCUGUGGGGUCCUGGAGCCUGUCUCUUCUUUCUGGAGGUUCAAACUGAAUAGCAAUAAUUACGUUACCCAAAGCAUGUGGAGGAAAAGUGAAACCAGCCACGGAGACGCCGGCCCACGGGCUCGGGCUGCGGUGUGGCCUGCUUUGCUCACCAGCGUCAGCCGCUCAUUCCUUCUCAUGAAGUCCCAUCUGGUCAUGGGGACGAGGGCCGGGAGGCCACCGGGUAGCCUUUUCACACUUGGGGAUUAGGGGAGUGAGAAAAGAUUUGGGCCAUGCAUGCAAAGUCAAAGUUUAAAAUUUUAUCCUUUUCAAAUAGAUAUAAUAUACCUAUACAUGAUAUAAUAUUUGUAUAUAUGAAAUCUCUCUAUAUUUGUUUAAUUUGAGCCAUUCAAUCUAAACCAAUGUACAGGUGUACAAUGAAAAAUUUAAAUGCUUAGUUACUUUUCCCAACACAGUGUAAAGUCACCCUCCUCUGAGAGUGGGAUGUGCAGACUUUUGAUGUUGCAGCUUUGCUCACUUCCUGGCAAGGGCAGGUCAUGCCUCAAUUUGUAAUGGGAGUCUGGGGUAAGGGUGGGGGUUGAAAGUUGCUAUCUUUAAAUACAUGUACAAAUCGUUGUCAAAAGUAACGUUAUUAAAAUAGAUUUAUUAUCCCUGA